AUGGCCGAGGUGUUAACCCUUUCAUACUUGGGGACUAUUGAUCCGACUCCCAUCGAAUCCAACUCCGUGGUUGCUUUCACCACAUUCAAAGAUCUCAUAUCCUACUUGUUCCGCAAGGGAAACGAAGAGAAGGAUGUAAACCAUGCCACCAUUGUAGUAAUCAACCAACGCUACGAUGCGCAAUCUAGCAUUAAAGACUUGGACUCGCUUUCGUUUAUUGAUAAAAGGCUUCUUCUUAGGUAUUUUUUCAACCAUCUUAAUGUCAUUGCCAUACAUUACAACGAAUUGAACAAGUCGCCCGUUUUGAACAGAUUAACUACAAACAUUGCAUCACAUAUUAGCCAAAGGAUCACCAGAGUUGAAACUUGGACCGGCACUGGAUUCAAAGGCAUAAAUGACGUGUGGACAUUUAUUGAUAAUGAAGAGGAAAAAUUCACUGAAUCUUCCUUUAUAUCAACUAUGUCUUCGUUGUUGUCAAGUAACAUCAACAAAAACCACAUCACUACCAAGAGACUCAUUUCUCUUAAGGAUUUGAUUAUAAAGGAAAUAGACUUUUUGGACUUGUUAACCACUCCGCAAGAGCGAUUGCCCAAGAUUGGUGAGUACGUGGGACAUUGGUGUUUCCCAGCGCAUGAACUCUCCAAUGAUGACUUGGUUUACUGUGUUUACUUAAUGAUCAAGUAUUCCUUGGAUCAAUUGCCACGUGAUUGUGGUCUUCAUUUUCCAUCUAAUAAUGAGCUUUUAGGGUUUGUGUUUCUGGUUAGAGAUACCUAUAGAAAUGGUAACCCUUUUCAUAAUUUCAGGCACGCCACGGAUGUCUUGCAGGCAUGCUUCCAUUUCUUGAUUAGAUUGGACUGCUUACCUGUGCCUGAACAAAUGACGUUAGAUCCAAACGGACCAGAGAUACAGAAUCUGGAUAAAUGUAAAUUUGAAGGACUUGUAGAGUUAAAGUCGUCCGGUAAGUACAUCAGUGAGGUGAGCAAUGUCUCUCCAGGCGGGCGCCGUCUCAGCACCUUUAACAUUGGUCACUUAAAUCCUAUAGAGACAUUUGGGUUGUUAAUAGCGGCCAUUGGACAUGAUGUGGGCCAUCCUGGUGUGACAAAUGCAUUUAUGACUAAGUACUUUGCACCAACUUCGUUAAUGUACAAUGGGAAAUCAGUUUUGGAACUGUUCCACUCUUCAAUAUUUAUAAACAAAGUGUUGUCAGUAAGUUGGCCAUCUUUAUUAGACGUGUUCAUGGAUUCAAAUGAGAAACUAACCAUGAGAGAAUUAAUAAUCUCUUGUAUCUUGGCAACAGAUAUGGCAGAGCAUUUUGAAUAUAUUGGGAAAAUAGCUAUGUUUAAAGAUGAUAUUAAGAGCUCGCCUGAAAGUAAGGUUCAAUUGAUUUCAUCAUUAUUAAUAAAGUGUGCUGACAUUUCAAACGUCACCAGGCCCUUGAGAGUUUCGGCUCAGUGGGCAUUGGUAUUAUCUAGAGAGUUUGAUGAAGUGGCGAAACUUGAAAAGAACAUAAUAGCGAAUCAAACGAGUGAGUCUGUAACUGAAGACAUUGAUCUUGAUCCAAAGUAUAUUAAGUUACCAAUCUCAUUACAAAAGAUUAUAGAAGCUCAACCAGAGAUACACAAGGGGCAAAUAUUCUUUAUUGAUGUAUUUGCUGAAAGUUUGUUUAAGAGCGUUGUUGGUGUCUUACCUGAAUUACAGUAUACUUGUGACGUGAUUCUGAGCAACAAGUCGUUCUGGUAUGAAAGAAGAGAUAAGGUAAAUAUAUAG